AUGUUCGGAAAGGAUAAAGAGAAGAAGACGCCACAGGUCGAUGAUCUCGAGCCUGUGUCUACCAGCGACUUUGGGGACGUAGAGGACUGCAUCAAACCCGCCGACGGCCAACAGGAUGCCGUCUUUGGCGAAAUCAGUAAAGAUGGACCGAAUUACCGCGACGUACGUUCUCUUGCCCCCCUCUCCCCAUCCGACAUCCACCGACUGACAUCCAUACUCCCCGCGUAGGUCGGUUGGAAAGGCUCCGCCAUCAUCAUGUUCAAGACCCAGUGCGGACUGGGAGUUCUCGGAAUUCCAGGAGCGUUGGAUUCCCUCGGCAUGAUCCCGGGAGUCAUCAUUAUCUUGGUGAUAGGUUUCAUGACGACGUGGGCCGCUUGGAUGGUUGGACAAUUCAAGACCAAACAUCCUCAGGUGUAUGGAAUCGAUGACGCCGGGCGAAUGAUCGCAGGCAGGGCUGGUCGGGAAUUUUUCUUCUGGGCUUUCGUGCUGCGUGAGUUAUUACGCCCUGCCACGGAGGAAGAGACGUACGUCAAGACGUUCUCCUCAAGACUGACUGACGCGGUGUGUAGAUUUCACGUUCCUGGCCGCAUCCGCGAUGCUGAGCGUGUCGAUUGCCCUGAACGCCAUCUCGCUUCAUGGAGCGUGUACCGCCAUAUUUGUCGUGAUUGGCGCACUGAUUGGAUUCACGUUCGGGAGUAUUCAGACUCUGGGCAAGGUGUCGUUCAUUGCGUGGGGGGGUGCCAUUGCGAUUCUGACGGCCAUCUUCACGGUGACGAUCGCAGUCGGCGUGCAGGAUCGGCCUGCUGAUGCUCCUCAGACCGGACCAUAUGUACGACUUCCCCCACGAGCAAACUGUGGUGUUGCGCCCGCAGAGCGAAAGACAUCUGACUGACCUUCUUCUUACACAACAGGUAUCCAACUUCAAGAUGUGGGGCGACGCCGAUUUUGCAGGAGCCAUCUCUGCCGUCGGAACGAUUGUCUUUGCCUUCUCGUGCCUGCCGGCGUUCUUCGCUUGCCACGCGGAGAUGCGAGAGCCGCGGCACUUCACCAAAGCCGUCUGCUGGGCCCAGGGAGUCCUCACGGUCGUCUACCUCAUCAUCGGCAUCGUCGUGUACUACUACUGCGGCUCCUACGUCGCCUCGCCGGCCCUGGGAAGUGCGGGUCUGCUGAUGAAGAGGGUGUGCUAUGGAAUCGCCCUACCCGGUCUGAUCGCCAGCUGUAUGUUGUUCGUCCACAUGCCGGCCAAGACGAUCUUCAUGCGCUUCAUGCGUGGCACGAAGCAUCUCACCUCGAACACGCCGAUCCACUGGAUGGCGUGGUUGGGUUGUACCAUCGGCAUUACCCUCGUAGCAUACCUCGUGGGCUCCGGGAUUCCCGUCUUCCAGCAACUCCUUUCCCUGGUCGGUGCUCUGCUGGCGACGGUGACGUGCUUCCAGCCUUCGGGUCUCAUGUGGCUGUACGACAAUGCGAAGCGUCCGCAGCGUGGCGGGAUGUACUGGGUGGGUGUGGUCUUUGCGCUCUUCAUGGUCAUCGGCGGCACGUUUAUCACGAUUGGUGGAACGUACGGCGCCAUCUUGGGUAUUGUCAACGCGAAGGAGCGCACCAGCCCUUGGAGCUGCGCGGACAACAGCAACAGCGUGUAG